AUGGUAGCCGAGCGGCCCCUGGCGCCGCCGCCUGCCCGCGCCCCUAGCCGCCCGCGCGGGUGCAGAGGUCCCACCGCGCCCAGAGUCCAGGCGCCCCGGCCCGGGGCCACUGCGGCCGCGGUCAGCGAGGGGCGAGGGCCGGCCCGCGGCGGCGGCAUGAAAGUGACCGUGUGCUUCGGGAGGACCCGGGUGGUCGUGCCCUGUGGAGACGGCCAUAUGAAAGUUUUCAGCCUCAUCCAGCAAGCGGUGACCCGCUACCGGAAGGCCAUCGCUAAGGAUCCAAACUACUGGAUACAGGUGCACCGCCUGGAGCAUGGAGAUGGAGGAAUACUAGACCUGGAUGACAUCCUCUGUGAUGUAGCCGAUGAUAAAGACAGAGUGAGUUCCAGUCCAGGGGAAGCUGCUCUCAAGGCAGUUGUGGAGGACGGAGGUGGGGUGGGGAGAGCUGGGGAGGUAGGAGUACUUUCUUUUCUGUUUGCACACCCACUGUAG